AUGAACCACGAGCGAUAUCAAGACCGCCUAGACCUCGUCAACAGCGUCAUCCACAGCUACGGCCUCAAACCCGUCGAAAUCACCCCCAUAGACUACGAUGAAACAUCCCCCUUCGCCUACAACAACUACAUCUACAAAAUCACACUCUCCGCCCCGUUAACACCAUCCUCCUUCCCCGAUGGCCGCCGCCGCCCCUACACUCAGCUUCCUCCGGCAGAAGGCAUAUCCACCGUCGUAAUGCGCAUCGCGAACCCAAAAGCAGAAGGCGUCGUGCAAGAAACCCGCGUCGAGAACGAGGUCGCGGCGAUUCACCUCGCGCGUCAGGGUCUGGCCUCGUAUAAGCCUGAGAUUGCGGGGUUGAUGCCGGCGUUGUAUGAUUGGAGACCAUAUCGUGAAGGUGAAGGUGGCUACGGAUGGGGUCUGAUGGAGUUCAAGGAGGGUGUGCCGCUUGAUACCGUCUUUCGGGACCUGGAUGACGGGGAGAAGGAUGAUGUACUGGGGCAGAUUGCGGAUGUGGUUACGGGGAUUCAGAGGGUUUCUUUGCCUGAGAGUGUGAAGACUCAUGGAGGGUUGUCGAUUGAUGAGAGGGGACGGAUUGUGGGUGGAAAGAUGACGACAUUGAAGGGUGGGCCUUGGGGAAGGUAUAGUGAUUUCUGGAAGGCGAGGUUGGUGCUCAGGCUUGAGGAUGCGGAUGCGAGUCCGGCGCUGGAGGGGUGGAGACCUAAUGGGGUGAGGGAGCGUGUUGACAGGUUCUUGGAAGAUGGGCUGGAGAGAUAUCUUGAUGGGUCUGGAGUUGAUGGUGGGAAGUUGGCUCUCAUUCAUGGUGAUCUAACUACGAACAACACACUCUACGAUACAACCACAAAGAAACUCACCUCCAUCCUCGACUUCGACUUCGCCUUCAUCUCCCACCCCUGCCACGAAUUCUUCAUAUCGCUAGGCGACGUCGGCGGCAACACGGGCGGCGGCACGGGGCGGGACUCGGAUCUCAGCGGGGGCUUGCUAGGCAAGGCGAUGCUGACGGGCGACUUUGACGGGAUUCGAACAAGUCUGCCGCAGGAGGCGGCAGGACAGCUGACGAGGGCAAAGGCGUGGGAUGAUGCUUUAAAAGAGAGGGGCGCGCUGCGGCCUAGUGAGAUUGCGGGUAUGGCUGCGCUGGAUGGGUUGAGGAGGCUGGAGGCGCUGGCGUGUCCUUUUGCGUUGGAGCAUCCUGUCAUGUUGAGGCGGAAGACGAGGGAGGAGAUUGAGGAGAUGAGGGGGGUUGCGGAGGGGGAGCUUGUUGAGUGUCUUGAGGGGUUUGGGUAUUAG